AUGAUGGUAGUUAACCCCACUGACAAGCCCAUCACACUGAAAAGAAACAGCAAACUGGCGGAUGUUUCGCCUUGUUUGGCCAUAGAGGACUUUGAUGUGUUCCAGGGCCUCCAAACAGCCACAAAUAGCCAGCGUGAGGACUCAACCAGUAACAGUGGUGCUUCUCGCACACCCAGUGACGUGGACAACCUAGCCAAGUGCCUGUCUGAUUUAGGUUUAGGAGAUAUUGACAUGGACUCAUGCCUGGUCUCUGACACUUGCAAGUUGGAACUUGCACAGCUGCUAAUUGAGUAUCAGGAUAUUUUCUCUAAACAUUCAUUGGACUGCGGUGAGGUUCAGGGGUACACCCACCGCAUUCGGCUCACUGAUGAUCGCCCUUUUCGCCUGCCUUACAGGAGGGUGCCCCCGGCGCACUAUCAAAAACUGCGACAGGUGCUUGGUGACAUGGAGGAACGAGGUAUUAUCAGGAAAUCCACCAGCGAAUAUGCCUCUCCUUUGGUCAUGGUGUGGAAAAAGGACGGUGGGUUACGGAUCUGCACUGACUUUAGAUGGUUGAAUGCCCGCACCCUGAAAGAUGCCCACCCCCUCCCUCACCAGGCUGACUGUUUGGCUGCGCUCGGUGGUAAUUGUCUGUUCAGUACAAUGGAUUUAACAUCUGGAUUUUUCAAUGUGCCUCUGCAGGAGGAGGACAGGAAAUACACUGCUUUCACCACUCCCCUCGGGUUGCAUGAAUACAACCGCAUGCCACAGGGCCUGUGCAACAGCCCUGCGUCUUUCAUGAGGAUGAUGAUUGGUAUAUUCGGGGACAUGAACUUUUCAAAACUCCUUUGUUACCUCGAUGAUCUCCUCGUUUUUGCUCCUUCAGAGAGUGAGUCCCUUUCAAGGCUUCGUACUGUAUUCCACAGACUCAGGGACAAUAACUUGAAGUUGGCCCCCAAAAAGUGCCACUUUUUGAAGGAAAAAGUUGGAUUCCUUGGCCAUGUUAUUGACUGCAGCGGAGUCUCUGUGGACCCUUCAAAGGUCGAGGUGAUCACUAGUAUGACUGUCGGUGAUCUCAUGGAGGCUGAUGGCAGCACGCCCUCAGUCCGCCGCAUAAAGUCGUUCCUUGGUAUGGUUUUUUAUUACCAGCAUUUCAUUCCCAACUGCUCUGCGAUAGCAAAGCCAUUGUUCGCACUAACUGCUGGUCAGAAGAGGAGAGGAAAGUCUGCUUUGUUCAAAAAGUCACAGGGUACUUUCCGCAAACUUACCCCUGCAGACUGGAAUGAUGGGUGUGCCGAGGCCUUUGAGAGUUUGAAGACCAUGCUUCUGGAGUGUGUUGUGCUUGCUCAUCCCAACUUCGACGACCCUUUUGUCCUAUCUACUGAUGCAUCUUUGGAUGGCCUUGGCGCAGUGCUUUCUCAAGUCCCCAAGGGAAAAGUGAAUGUGGUAGCAGAUGCACUUAGUCGCGACCCCUUUGCAAAACCAGUCGGUCAGAGGCUUUUGUCAGAGCCCUAUUCCACACUAGUUCAGGAAGCGGAUGAGAUAGCCAAGAAGAGACCAUCUAGACGUGAGAGGUUUGGGGUGGAGCCCCAGGUGCUUAGGCUCUUGAAACAGUGGGACAGUGCGAUGGAUAUUGCCCAGAAACAUGCAUCCUUUGAACAACAGCACCAGGCCACCCAAUACAAUAAACGAGUGAAGGGCACUUACCUGUCUGUUGGAGAUCGUGUGUUGAUUGCGAAUAAAGGAGAAAGAGGGAAACGGAAACUUGCCGAUAAGUGGGAAAGUAAAGUGUACACCGUGAUUGAUACAAACCCCAACAUUCAUGUUUACAGAAUCAGUGAUGCAGAGGGGAACGAAAGGGUUGUACACAGGAAUCUUUUGCUCAACGUGAACUUCUUACCACUCUCCGAGAUUUGUAACGAGUCCAAUGACACAGACCUCUCACUUGUCAGUGACGAUUCGGCUGUUGACAGCCCUGACAAUGACACUGUGACUAAUGAAUCAGGGACACUCCUGCCUACUGCGGAGCAGACCUUUCCUGUUGACUUGCUUCCCCACAGAUGCCCAAAUGACUGUAUAGUUGACUCAGUUUUGCCAGACCAUAACUCUCUUUCUGACGAGCAUACAGUGGCUUUAGUUCCCCCUGACUCCGACGUGGAUGUGGAGGGUGGUACUGAAGCGAGAACCCGUGCAGGGAGGUUAGUGAGGUCAGUGAACAGGUUGAUCGAGUCCAUGGUUCAGGUACCUUAUUUCAAGUCUCCGCCGGCUUUGUUUGGUGGUGACACUCGGCCUGUUUUUGUGGCCUGA